GGGCUGGGGACUCAGGAGCGCAGCGAGCUCUGCAAGGGCUGAGGGGGUCACCGGGACUUGGCUGGAAGGGACGUCAGGCCAGAAGAGCCCUCACCGCCCCCACCCCUAAAGCCAGGAGCCCUGCUUGGCAAGGACACCACGCGAGAGGCUAGCCCCCUGCCCGGGAACACUGACCCCAAGCCACUCUUCACCUGGACACAAUGAGAGUGUCAGGUCUGCUUCACCUCCUGGCCCUCAUUUUUGGCCUGGUCACCACAUGGGUCUUCAUCCACAGAUAUAUCAACUUCAACAUGAAAACCAUCCUCCUGGCUUCACACUCGGUGAAGACCAAGUGUGGCCUCAGCAAAUCCUGCCCAGACAACUUCUUUGCGUUUAAAAUCACCAGCGGGGCCGCCAACGUCGUGGGCCCCUCCGUGUGCUUUGAAGUCCAAAUGAUCAUGAGUCCUGUGAAAAACAACAUGGGCAGAGGCCUGAACAUCGCCCUGGUGAACGGAACCACAGGAAAGGUGAUGACACAGAAAUAUUUCGACAUGUACUCUGGAGAUGCUAACCUCCUGGUGAAAUUCCUUAAAGGAAUUCCAGAGGGCACGCUGGUGCUGGUGGCCUCCUACGAUGACCCGGGGACCAAGAUGAAUGAUGAAAUCAGGAAGCUCUUCUCCAACUUGGGCAGCACCUAUGCAAAUCAGCUGGGCUUCCGGGACAGCUGGGUCUUCUUAGGGGCCGGAGACCUCAACAGUAAAAGCCCCUUUGAGGAGUUCUUAAAGAACAGCCCAGACGUGAAUAAAUAUGACGGCUGGCCGGAGCUGCUGGAGCUGGAGGGCUGUGUGCCCCAGAAGAGAGUCCUUGGCCGAGAGAUGUCAAUACCAGCUGCUGGAGGCCACUGAAGUGGUGAGGCCCAAGGGAUAUGGUGGUAAGACCCAGACUGGGGUCUCUGAGAAGGGCGGGGGGCAGGGGGCAGACCAAAUCCUGGGAGAGGCAUGGGAGCAGAGAACACCGGUACUCGGGUUCCUGGAGGGUGUACCGGGGAGACUGCAAGGCUCGUGGAGAAGAUGUCCAGGCCCCAAGGGCAAACGCCCCAAGCAGGGGGACAGCAGAAGCUGAAGUCCUGUGCACUCCACUGGCGUGGGGCUCACAGUUACCAAGCUCUGGGGACAGGCAGGGCUUCAAACGGGCCAAGAGGGCCUGAGGUAGAGAAGGACAGAGUGCGGGAACCUGUGACAGGGGCCAUGGCAGGCUGGGACAGGGGCUGCAGUCGUGAUCCAUGAUCACGGCCAGCUCAGAGGGCCUUGAGCAGGCUUGACUGAGGAAGUCAGCAGAAGGCGCCCAGCCAGCCACCUGCCGGUUCCAUAGCCCCUCCUCCCCCAAGCACAGUAGCUCACUCUCAGGGGAGAGUUUGCUGGCAGCCCCCCCGCCCCCGACCACUUACACAGACGCCCACAUCCAUGUACCGCUUGACAGCACUGGGAGCAAAUGGAUUUGCUCCGAUCCUCCCUUUUUGUUCCAAGUGGCAGGACCCUCCUCCCACACCUGACGUGCUGACAAAGGGCUGCCCCUGAACCCCAGUGCCCUUCCUUCCUGACCCCCAGGACCAAUUGGUCAAUCCUGGGGUGGGGGGAGGGUGCUUCUGAAGGCCCUGGACCCUGACCAAGCCCCUCAGUUUCUCUUAGCUGACUCACUUCCAUUCUAAUGGGUAGUUACACCUCGCAGGCAGCAUGGCCGGACAGAAAGCCUGGCCCGGCUCUGAGCACUGGCCCUGCUACCCGGUAGCUGGACACGAGCAGGUCACGUCACCUCUCUGAGCCACAGUUCUCCUUUGAGAAAUGCGGGGAGGGUAUCAGUCUCUCAGGGGCUUGUGGACAUUAAAUAAGAUAAAAUAGCCACAUCAGCAGAAGUCAAAGAAGAAAAUAUGUAUAUAAGAUGUUUGGGAAAACAUCUGGCCAGAUACCCUCUCUGGGGAUGAAGGUGCAGGCAGUGUCCAUGAUUACCACACACGACUUCUGUAUUUUUGAUUUUUUUUCUUUAAAACAAGCAAAAAUACCUUAUAAAAUUAAAAGAGGACCAAAAAGACUGCUAAAGUGAGUUCAUAGCCAGGAACAGGGCUAGGCAGAGCUCUCAGCAGGGGCCACUCUUUAAAAAGGACCACCUGGUUGUGGUACUUUUUUAGAAGCUGCAUUGCACAACACUUCAAAGAAGGAAGAAAAUGUCAAUGCGGGGGGCUUCCCUGGUGGCGCAGCGGUUAAGACUCUGCUCCCAGUGCAGUGGGCCCAGGUUUGAUCCCUGG